GGAGGCUGGGGUCGCCGCGGGGCCGCACGGGGGCGGAGGGCAGGCGGCGGUGGCCGUGCCGCUCCUGGAAGAAGCGCAGGAAGGCGGCGCGGGCCCGGCCGCCGGGUGACUAUAGGUCGAGGAUUAGAUCUCACGUACCAGCUGGUGUCAAAAACAUGUCCCUUGAUGAUCUCUCGUAAGCACUGUGUUUUCCAGCAAAAUGCAGAAGGGCAGUGGACUGUCAAGGAUAACAAGAGUCUGAAUGGAGUUUGGCUUAAUAAACAGCGCCUGGAUCCUUCAAAAACCUAUCCUAUAACUGAAGGAGACCGUAUCCAGUUGGGAGUGCCUUUGGAAAACAGAGAGACCGCCGAAUAUGAGUAUGAAGUAAUUAAAGAGGAAUGGGAGAAAAUCAGACCCUAUUUAGCCCAAAGGAAUGACCUGGGGAAAGCUAAGAGUUCGAGAACUAAACGUAAAUUUAGUUUGGAGGAAUCAGAGACAUCUGGAUCAGAAGGCCCUUCAAAUUCCAGAUCCAAAAGAGACAGGGUGUCCUAUGACAGUGAACCUUUGGGUAAACCAUGUGGAAGGGUAGAAGAGGUAAAAGAGUUGACAGAGAAGAUGGAUGUCAAGCUGCCUUCUCCUGGUUCAAGUGAGGAGGACGGUGGUCCAGCGCGUAUCACUCCUGUGCAAGCCAAGAAAGCUGUGUCUGUCGCACCUAAGGACCAGAAAGACUCUGUUCUUUCUCAGUCGUGGACUGGCCUGGAAAAGCUGAGGAAAACUCUAGGAGAUAUAAAGGAGUUAAAAGUCAGAGUGCAGGAUAAGCAGACAGCAGUUCUGAAUGCGAAGCAAAAGCGCAGGAAGGCUGCUCAGAAGACGAUCCUAGCAAUGGAACAGGAGCUGCAGGAAUUACAGGAGCAGCUAUGCACAGAGCAAGAGCAGCAUCAGCAGCAGAUGGAAGAGCUGGAGAAGACGUUCUCCAAAGAGCAGCAGAAUCUAGAGGGAGUAAAGUGGCAACAUGGAGAAGAGAAUCUGAAGGCGCAGCUGGCCCAGGUCCUGCAAGAGCAUCAUGCUUUGAUGGAAGAACUGAGCCGUAAUAAAAAGGAUUUCGAAGAGAUAAUUCAAGCCAAGAAUAAAGAACUGGAAGAAACGAAGGAAGAGAAGGAAAAGGUGAGAGCCCAAAAAGAAGAAGUGUUGAAUCAGAUGAAUGACGUGUUGGAGAAUGAGCUGCAGUGCACAAUCUGUUCUGAACACUUCAUUGAGGCAGUCACUCUGAACUGUGCGCACAGUUUCUGCUCCUACUGUAUCAAUGAGUGGACGAAACGUAAAGUGGAGUGCCCUAUCUGCAGGCAGGAGAUUAAGUCAAAGACGCGCUCUCUGGUGCUGGAUAACUGCAUUGAUAGGAUGGUAGAAAACCUGGAUGUGGAAAUGAAAGAGCAUCGCCUGUCCCUGAUCAGAGAGCGGAAAGAGAAAUGGAAGGUGUUGGUGAACCCAGCUGUGGACAAUGACAGCAGUGUCAUUCCUUCCAUCUACCCCAUCUUGUCAGUGAGCAGCUGUGACAGUGAGGACUCUGAGGAAGAUUCUUACCAUGGUGAAAGCUACUGCAUUAUCUAAACACUAACUUUUUUGGACUGGUUUGUCUGUACGCUGCCAAGAACCAACCUAAUGGUAUUUGGUUUACUACUGCUGGAGAGGCGGAUUGGACAUCUGGAAGGAGAGAUUCUGUGAAGAGGCCAUAACUGGAGCUGAGAAGUAGCAGCGUUUGGAAGAAGGACUUUAUUUUUUAAAUGAGUGUACAGAAGCUUAAUCUCUAAAAUGAAAUUUGGAUCGUGGAAGAGCAAGCUGGUGUUAUGCUAGAUAGUUGACAUAAAACCCAGGUUACCAUGAUCGCUUGUGACCUACUAGUUAGUGUGUUAUAUAUGUUUGAAUGCAUCGUUGCUCUUUCCUGAGUGAAUGACGUGUCUUAAAUGUGUACACCAGGUCCCCUUGUUUCAGCCAGCAGAGGAAAUGGCACAAGCUGAGAACUUGGUCAUUCCCACCACCUAAAGGAGCGGUAUAUUGGAAAAACGUGCCAACGUGGGUUUUCCUCUUGAAUUUUGUAUGUCAGCUGGAGUCAUCCUAGGACUCUCUGGCACUAAAGUUAACAAAGAAUGGGUUAUGGGUCAUAUCAGCUUUAAGUGCUUACAUGCAUCAUAAGCUAAACUGCUGGCUUGUUUGUUCAGAUGAUGUUACUCAUUUACUGUUGGGUAGCGAUGGAGAAUAUUAAAUCUUCCAGAAUUCCUUAGCUCGUGCUCUUUUCAUAUAGCAUCUCUGGUUAGUUCCCUUUCAGGCUUAUGCAUAAAGAGUUUUAGAAUUUUGAAGCAGCACAUCCAGAAACUAUUAGCAGUGACUUCAGAAACACGUUUAGUUCUUGUCGGUACCAGAGAGGGAUCUUGGCCUCUUCAGAAGUACUGCUAGCUGAAUGAGUGAAAUGUUCUGUUGGCCUGGUAGGAGAGCAGCAUCUGUAGUCAGCCACAGACAGAAGGAAGUGCUUAGGUCAAUUGUUUACAAAACAUUGCUGUUGAGCUGUGUCUUGUGUUGCCCUCACAGCAGGUAAUGCAUCCCUAAGACUGCGCAAGUCUUGCCUCAUCCUGUCACCUAUGUGAAAUAAUACAAAAUUGUCUAUGAAAUUCAUUUUUCAGAGGUGUAUGAUUUUGACUUAGCUUUUACUUGGAAAGCUUUUACCGUUACAUCAAUGAGAGGAGGAUGGAGAAAGCUUUUCUCAUCUCAUUCAAUUUCUUUGGCUAUUUGUAUGUAUUUCUUGUUUCUAUGUUUAUUUUGUUUAAGACGGAAAAUAUAAACCCAUUUGUGCAUUAGUCUUCCUUGGUGCAACCUCUGAGAUAAAUGUCUUUCUCCUAGUUACCUUAGAAUUUUGUAGAAAACCCAGAUUGUCUCAUUAUUAUGACCUUGUUUGCUUCAUGUUUUGAUUGCUGUAAGCAGUUCGACUAUUUUAAAUUUAUUUGAAAGACUGUUGUAUGCAGGAGUUGAUAAAAGACGUCCCAGCUCUUUAAGCCUAUGUUAGCAGUGGCUAUCUUAGUGGCAAUUUAGUAGAUACAAUCAUAUCUUCCACUAAAGAAAGAUAACAUUAAAAAGCUGCAUGAAUGAUGAUGCUGUUCUAAGAAAGUAGUGCAUUCUGGCAGGUUUGAAUGGUAGCACAGGG